AUGGCGACCAUGACAGCCACCAUGACAGAGACCAUGAGAGAGACCAAGGAGGCUGAGGCUUGCUCAGACUCCGGUUCCGCUCCCAGCGUUGGGAAGGACGUCUCUCUCAGCUCGCUGACCGAGCUUAAAGAGGACAAGGCACGGAUGCCUCCCUUUGCUUCACUGGCCUUGCUCCACUACUUCCUGGUUUUGGUCACGGUCAACUUGGUCAUCACCAUCCCUACGGCGAACGAGUAUGCAGAAAGAUUGGGCGCCGGACGGCUCUUUGCCGGGUUGAUGAUCGGCAUCAUGCCAAUCGUGGGCAUCGCUGGCAAUUUGUUCAACCAGAAGCUCCUCAGCUUCUUGCCCUUCAAGCACAUCUGGAUCCUGUGCGUGCUCUUCAAUGUACUGGGCUGCGUGCUCUAUGCGCUGGCCGGGUUGAUGAGAUUCAAGUGGACGCUCCUCAUUGCCCGCGGGAUCAUGGGCUUCUUCAGCGCCUUCAGCUUGCCGAGCAUCUAUGUGAGCCGCACGGUGGGCAUGGAGAGGCGCAGUGAGGUCCUCUUCUACUUCUCUGCCUUUUUAACCCUGGGCUGCGCCAUCGGGCCGGCCCUGGCGGCCAUGUUGGAGGCGUCGAUGAAGUUCAUCAAAAUCAACAACCUGGUCCUUGAUUCAGACACCAUUCCGGGAUGGUUCAUGGCCGUUCUGUACCUCUUCUUCGCCGGGAAGCUGGUGCUGUUCUUCCAAGACCUCCCCAGGGAUUCCAUUGUUGCCACGCCGGAGGUGGAAGGUCGAACCUUAAGGAGCCCCCGCAGCCCCAAGACGCCACCGAUGAGUUUGCAGAAGAUGGCGGCGGCUUGCGCCUGCUUCUGGCAGCUCUUCGUGGCCAGUACCGUGACAACGGGCGUGGAGGUCUACACCAUCAACGUGGCCCGGGAAGGCAUGGGCUGGUCGAUUGCCAGCGCGGCCUGGUACGUGGCGCUGAUCAUGUUGGUCUCCGGGGUGGUGAACCUGAGCCUUGGCAAGAUUAUCCACUGCAUGUCUUGCAGUGAUGUGGUGGGAUUGCUGGCGGGCGAAGCAUUAGCCUGCGUGGGCUGCCUGUUCUUGUUCAACUUCGACGUGGACUCGCCCACUGUGCGCGUGUCGCUGCUGACAGUCGGCUUGGUGUUGGUGCUCGUCACUCAGAGCUUCGCCAGGGCUCUGGCCUUAAGCAUCUGCUCCAAGAUCGUGCCCGCCGAGUCCAUCAACACCAUCAUGACCACGGCCACGAUUUUCAUGUCCAUUGGCCGGGGAGGCGGCUCCAUUAUCUGCUCAGUCUUGAGUGCAGACUCCUUUGCCCCGGUCUUGCUUGGCCUCUUCUCCGUGACUCUGGCGAUGACCCUAGCGACCCGGAAAUGCAUGAAGCCGGACGUGAAGGCGAGCUGA